CGGACCGACCUUGAAAGUGUUGGUGUGCUCCUUUGAGCCAGAGCGUCGGGCGCACCGGAGUGGUUCCUCACCAUAUUAUCGUGGUGUUUCAGUUGGUUUCUCGUCUACUCAUUACGUAUUUCUCCUGAAGCAUGGAUUUUGAAAACCUCAUUCAAUGGCGUGAUCCGUUGAAGACUGGAAUCCUUAUGGUCGUCGUGUUGACUCUCCUCGUCAGUCUCUCGUGUCUUUCCUUUAUAUCCGUAUUGGCCUAUGCUGGACUGGCCUUACUGUGUUGCACAUUCGCGGCCCGUCUUUAUCACUUCAUUUUACCGUCAUCGCCAAAGACAAUAGACAAGCCUGGAACACCAGCUCCCCACGACAUUUUGACCGAAUGGCUAAACACCGACAUGAAAUUGCCCCGGGACAAAAUUGUCGACCGAACUGUGUCUCUGUCUUCCGACUUUGAAACUUUUAUCAUUCGAUUGCAGCGCAUCUUGUUGUUGAAAGACGUGGUCGAUACAGCUAAGUUCGUUUUCUUGCUGUAUCUCCUAACAGUGCUCGGAAGUUGGUUCAAUCUCCUAACUCUGAUUACUGUGGAAACAAUUCGAUUCACUAUACGACAACCUGAAACGACGCGCGAAGGACUUGGAAAAAAAGAUCGAACCACUGUUGAAGAAGAUUCCAGGACUGAAGAAAUAGACCAUCAACCAAAUUACGGACUUCCAGCUUGUUAGUUCCCACUCAUCUCAUCCAUUCCUUACUUACUCCCAUUCUAUGCUAGGCCUUCCUUCAUUCUGAUCACACACACACACAACAGUUAUUAGUAAACCCCGUUUUCCUUCAUUGGCUUGCGCAUCUUUCGAAUGCUUACACUGUCACCUGUUUUUGUCUGUUGUUUCGCACCAAUCCUAGCUUUUGCAUGCUUAUCUACUGUAUUGACUCGCGCUGUAAUCAUGCACUCCUUAUCCUUGGAUGUCUCUCGAG